GCACCACCUACAGUCCAGUUCACCACGUUGCGCGAAGCCAACCAGUACUUCUUUGAGCUGCUUGCUUGCUGGAGCUGGUGGGCAAGCAAGCUGACCUGGACAGUUGUGUGUUGAAUGCUGCCGUGUCCGCCCUCCUCGGCCUUCUGACUUGUGUUGCGGAUUCACACACACACAGACAACAACAACAACAACAACAACAACAACAGCUGCCGCCCUCGCUUCGCUGGCUCCAGUCUGGCGCGUGUGUGAGAAACUGACACACAUCGAGCAGCCGAGCACCUGAACAACUGAGGGGCUGCCUUGGUUUGCCAUUUACAUUCGACUCCUGCAACCAACCAACCAACCGACCGAUACCAGGUUUUGUGGAGUAGGAUCAUGUAUGUGGAAGGCGGUGCAGGGCACGGCUGCGUCCACUACCAGCGUCAUUGUCAAAUCCUGUCGCCGUGCUGCCAGCGAUACUUGCCGUGUCGCCGGUGCCAUGACGAUGAGGAUCAAGACGGUGGCUGUGGCCAACAGCUGAACCGUCGCAAAGUGACGCGAUUACGCUGCUCUGCCUGUGGAUUGGAACAGCUGGUGGGCGAGGCGUGUAUGCGAUGUGGGCAGAGGUUCGGCAACUACUUCUGCGCGAUAUGCAGGUUCUUUGAUGACGACACAGCCAAGCAGCAGUACCACUGUACACGCUGUGGCAUCUGUCGUGUCGGUGGUCGGCACAACUUCAAACACUGCGACCGCUGCUGUGUCUGCUACUCCAGGGAGCGCUUUGCAUCGCACGUCUGCGUCGAAGAAGCUGCUGAUCGCAACUGCCCCGUCUGCUUGGAGCAUUUACACUCGUCCACGCGAAAGCUCUUUGCGCCGCCCUGUGGCCAUUUUCUCCACAACAGCUGCUACCGUAUGCUCCUCUCAACCACGUCCAAGUGCCCCGUGUGCACGCAGUCGUUUCUCGACCUCUCCUCCAAAUACAAACAUCUGGAGGAGCAAAUUCAACAAACGCCCAUGCCGCCACAGUACAAGAACACAUAUGUACACAUCCGCUGCCGCGACUGCUCUCGAUCCUCGUACGCAAAAUUCCACUCCCUCGGACACAAGUGCAAGUACUGUAUGUCGUACGACACUGCGCAGAUGGGCGAGCCCGUGCAGGGCCCACCGCCCGACGAUGAUGAUGAUGACGACCACAUCCGCCUUCAUCACAGCAGCCACAAUAGUCACACCAGUCACGGCAGCCAUGGCACCAGUCACACCAGUCACACCAGUCACACCAGUCAUGCCAGCCAUCACACCAGUCACGGCAGCCACGAUGGCGGUGCUGCUCUGCAGCAUCCACCUGUGGAGCAGAACGUUGCGCAGCAGCUUGAGCAGGCGCGUGCGCGUGUGCGGGACCUGGAGCUGCGGCGCCGCACGGCUGCAGGCACCAAUGAUCCCUUGGCCGAGGGUGAUGGUGAUGGUAACGGUGAGGGUGAUGGCGGUGGUAGCGGUGCUGAUCACGGUGGCGGUCAACACGAGGACUCAUAGCGAAACCAGCACAACCCUUGCGCUUUUGUUGUUCUGACAUGCGAGGGUUGCUGCUACUGCAGCUGUUGCAACUGAUUUGGUUGUUCUCUUUGCAUGUUUGGUUGUUCCAUUCUCACGCUCCCACCUGUACACUUGAUCUGGGUGUUGUGUUGUUGAAAUGUCAUGACAUUCCCCUUUUCUUUUUCCUUUUUUUCCCUGUGUUGCAGCCGUUGCUGCAUGCUGUGAAUGCUGUGCGCUGUUCUUUUUUUUUUUUCUUUCUUUCUUUCUUUUCUUGCUCCGUCUGCAACGUCCUUGCUCGCUUCAGAUUCUCUUCUCCUUGUCCCCCCUCUCCCCACUACGCACUGUGCACUCUCCCACUCCACUUUGAUACUUCGAUACUUUGCACUCGCACGUUGUUGUGUGUUUCGUCUUCCUCUUCUUCCGUUUCAGGCAUUCAGGCAGACAGACAAAGAGAGAGAGAGAGACAGGCAGAUGGGUAGUUGCCUCUCAACGCCCAACCACUGCGCUACUUCUAACAUAAACGAAGCCCAUCAGCGAGCAAGGAACCAAG